AUGUCUUUGUCUGUCUUCCAGCUCUCACCAGUCUCCACCGCUUCCAAAAUCUACAAUCUUCACAGGGAACAGAGCUUCUACCAAGAGGCCCUCUCCUCCUUGCUUCCUUACAUCCAGCAACUGCAACAGCAGCUUGUACCAUAUGGAUUCCGAGAGAUUAACAUCAUGGACGAAGCUAUGUUGAAACCUGUCAUACAGCCAUCCUUCUCUGGGUCAAUGAUCCUCAAUCUUAUCUCCGCCCCACUCUCCCCACUCACUGCCACCGAGUCCUUGGUAGCCGAAGAGGCAACAGGCACCAUCCAUCUUCUUCAGCUUCCCCUUGACCUCACGACCUUUCUUGCCCCUGUUGCCCCUUAUACCUCUGUCCAGCCGGCUUGCUACGAGAACCAGAGAAGGAUAGCCUUCGCGACUAUCGUCAGCCCCAGCACUUGCCUGAUUACACCCGAGACCAUGGCUAUACCCCCUUUGCGAGACUUGAUCCACUUCUUGCAAUGUCUUCUACCCUCUUCCUCUGCUCUAUCCCUGUCAUCAGUCUCGUCUGCUACCAAAGACCAGUAUCCUGUAGCCGACAGAGACUCGGCCGCUCCCAAGGAGGCUGAGGACCGAGUCAACGACGUCGCGCUGUGGAGGCAAGGUGUCAAACCGGACGUGACUUGGCUUGACAAGAACGAAUUGGUACUGCGAGACACUGUCGGUUGUAGCUACUUUAGGUCUUUGAGAAAGUCGCUGGGAGAGGGAGAGCCUAUCCUUAAUUGA